AUGGCAGAUACUUUCGACUUUGACGCCUUCAUCUCCUCGCCUUCUCAGGCAGAGGUCACCUCAUCCAUUUCAACCAUCAACGAUACUAUUCAGCCAGAUGCCUCUUCGCUUCUCGCCCCUGCCAACCACAUGGUUUCGUCCUGUUCGGACCAGGGCAGCCAUGCCGCAAUCGACAUGAUGCCCGGUCCCUCUCUCAUGAGUCAGUCCAGUUCGUCCCUCGUGUACGGCAGCAACUAUGGCGAGUCGUUCGGCAGAGACAUCAUGGAUGCGUGGGACAUGGGUGCUGCCACCAACGCAGCCCCGGCGCUCGACUUUGGUUCCGCGCCGCCUCCGGUUGACGCCGCAAUCGCAAAUGGUUUCGCGACUGGCGCUGUCCGCGCCGCCCGUGGCGUCAACGGUCAGACGCCCCUCUCGGCGUCAUCUGCGCCUACGCCCGUCACGGCUCCGCAUGCCAAGCGUGGCCCCGCUGCAUCCUACCGCGAUCAAAUUGCUGCUCACCACUCGCAUCUCAUGAACACAAGCACGCUUGCCGGCUCCAAUGGCGGAAGCAACCGUAGCACCUCGUCGAUCCCGCGUGUCUCCACCUUCAAGCGCGUCCCGCCUCCCAUGCAUCGCGACAUCACCGCUCCGAACGCUGCUUGCGCCAACCUCAGCCUCCAAGAGCGUCGACGCCUCUCGCGUCAAGCGGCUAGACAAGGCGCCGGCAUGGUUCCACCUCCUCAGCCAGCCUUCGCACAAGCCUCUGCGCCAGCCAUCGGAUCCGGUAUUCCCGCUGUGGCUGGCAGAGGCGCUAAGCGUGGCAUGAAUGUCGACAACGGUCACAUCAGCACCACUCCGCAGCAGAGUCUGCCCUUGCCCUCCCGCAGUGUCUCGUUCAUGAACGAUUCUUCUGGCUCAUCCGUGUCGUCGUCCAGCAUGUCGCCUCAGAAGAUGCCCGACAGUCGCUCAAACUCCUUCGCGCCCCAGCCAGCUGGCGUGAGCGGCGACGGCGGCGCCGUUGGCGGUGUCGAUGUCCCCUCGCAUGUUUACCAAGGCACUUUCAACACUACGUCGGGCGAGGCCAUCCCAACCUCAAACAAAUAUUCCAGCUCGGGUGUAGAUGUGCUCGGUAUUCUUUCGCGUGCCAUCACCCGCCCCAAUCCCAGCAUCGCGCUGGGUCCGGUCGACCUCUCUUGCUCCUUUGCCAUCUCUGAUGCGCGCCAUCCCGAGCAGCCGCUCAUCUACGCCAGCGAGACUUUCUGCCACCUCACUGGGUACACGCUCCACGAGAUCCUCGGCAAGAAUUGCCGGUUCCUCCAGACACCUGGCGUGGCCUUGGAGGCCGGUGCUGAGCGUCAGCACACCGACAACCGCGCCGUCGAGCAUCUCAAGCGACACCUCGGCGGCUUCCGAGAGUGCCAGGCGAGUCUCAUCAACUACCGCAAGGACGGCAGCCCGUUCAUCAACCUCGUCACCGUCGUGCCCGUCUCGUGGUCCGAUCCUUCGCAGGUCGACUUCCUCGUCGGUUUCCAGGUCGACCUGGUCGAACAGCCUGGCGCCAUUUUGGAACGUAAAGAGGACGGCUCUUACCUCGUCAAUUACCGCUCCAUCAAUGACCCUCCGCCCUCGGCCAUCCUCGCUUCCGACGAGAUGACCAAGGACGCUGACGCUGAAGCGAGCAAACAAGCUGCCAUCGCCGCCGAUAUUCUCGAUCUCAUCCACGGUGUCGGUCCUUGCGACUCGAAACAGUGGUCCCGCGUGCUUCUCGAAAAUUCGCAUGACCUCAUUUACGUGCUGUCGCUGAAGGGUACGUUUUUGUACGUCUCGCCUUCCAUAGAGCGCAUCCUUGGCUUCACUGCCGAUGAGGUCAUCGGCAAAUCCAUCUCGGAGUUCUGCCAUCCGAGCGACGUCGUGCCCGUCUUCCGCGAGCUCAAGGAUUCAACUAGCAAUGCCAGCAUUGCUGCGGCCGCUUCGAGAAACAUUCGAACCGAGGGCGUCGCAAAUCCAUUGACCAAGGGUGGUGGCGGCCAAGCAGGUCCGCGUGUCAACUUGAUUCUGCGCAUGAGGCACAAGCACGACGGUCACCGAUGGAUUGAGAGCACCGGUAAGCUUCACCUCGAACAAGGCAAGGGUCGAAAGGUGGUCAUCUCGAGCGGUCGCCCUCGUCCUGUCUACAAUUUGGCCUGGGAGCACGUUCGUCGUGGUGCCCAAGCGGCACAACCCUCGUUCUGGUCCAAGCUUUCGAUCGAUGGCAUCUUCCUCAGUACUACCGGACCGGUCGCAGAGGUGCUCAACUGCGAGGACAAGGACAUCUUUGGUCGUCAUCUGCUCGAAGUGACCAACUACGAAGCCGCACCUUCGUUGUUGCAGGCCCUGCGCAGCAGCCAGGCGAUGAGCGUGGCGCACACGAUGGGCGACGGAACCGGCAACACCACGCCUGUAUUCUCGUCCUUCUACCCUUCCUCUGCCGCCGCAGGACCCGCACUUUCCACCGUGUUUGUGCAUGUCCAGCGCGCGUCUCCUGAGAACUCGUGGAUGGUCCCCAACGUGGCGUAUCCCAAGGGCGGUCCUCAACCCGCCUUUGAUUCCACGGGAACCAGCGUCGACUCGUUGACAUCGGUGUUUGCCGAAUUGUCGACCUAUCGCAGCUCGUCGUGGGUGUUCGAGAUGCAUCAGCUCAAGAAUGUCAACCGACGCCUCAAGGACGAGAUUCGCGCGCUGCGUCGCCAAUCGAGGGACCAUCUUGCCGGAGGGCAGCUUUCGUCGACCAACGGUGGCCGGCUGUCGAUGCCGCAAAGUCCGACGCUCGCGGGCAUCGCUGGCGGUCGCCGACCCAGCGGACCCAAGGAUCCACAGGCAUACAGCGUUGGAAGUCAAGGUGCUGCUGUGCCUCACCUACAGAUGCCAAGCCCCAUCAAGCGUCGGCCUGACCACGGCUACGGCCACCGACAGCACCUGCGACCGACGGAAACGUUGGCGUACCUGCAUGCGGGGCACAGUACCGAUUUCGGCAGCAGCAGCAGCUCGGGGUCCGAAACGCCAUUUGGCGACAGGGCGCUCAUCGGUCGGCGCUCAGGCUCGGGCGAUGCGUCGGACGAGACGGCAGCCACCACCACAACAUCGGGCGACACGUCCGAGAAGGAUGGUUCCAACAGCGGUAGCGGAACGGGCAGCGGCAGCGCAAGCCGUCGCGGCUCCGGAUCGGCUGAAGCUUAA